GUCGCGUUCGCUCAGUGUUUCCAAACUGUCGUAUGGUUUUCGUAUAGUGCAAUGAUUUUAUCAUGUCUCGAGCUUACACUAUAUAUGUUAUACCUACAUUUUUUUUUGUAAUUUAACUCUUAGUUAGUUUAAGUAUAUUAUUACAACAAAAAAUAAUUUUAUUUCGUCUGUGAUUGUUAUUGGACGUUGAUCAAUAUUGGUGAUUUUAGAUCGCGGUCUUAACCACUCGGGCGCGGUGGUCGCGGGGUAUUAAUGUAACGAAUUUGCUGUAAAAAAUUGUAUUGCAAAAAGAAAACGAAAAAAUUAAGAUCAGUCGGCAACCACUAUACGAGCCGGCCUGUAACAAAAUAUAACUAUAUCGAGGUGAUCUGCAGUAGAGGUGUAAUCAUGGUACAUCGACAGUAUAAAGUUGGAACUUUCAAACACAAACUGUUUACAAUGGGACAAAAAUGGAUUGAUGGAUUAUUAAUAAUACUAAUAUUAGUUGAGUUUUCAAAUUCAUCAAAUAGUUGUGGUCCCGGCAUAUAUUCAUCUGGAAGAACUUCUCCGAUUGGUGAAAUUUUUAUCGAAUACAACAGCAGUACUCCAUUGGAAAUUUUAUGCAUUUUAAAUCCUAACCACGAUCAAUUACAGAAAGUGUCGAGUGAUUAUGCUGCCGAUGGUAACAAAUCAGAACUUCUAAGCCACAGAAUCAGGUUCUAUAGGAACGAUGAACGUAUGCCCGAACAAUAUGUGUCAAUCAUCAACUCAACGACAGCCCAAUUACGCGUACUUAAUCCGCCAGCUAGUUCCGAUGUUUAUAAAUGUGUGGUAUGUUUGGAUAAAAACAACCACUUUGUUGAACCAUCCAAAUCGUUUGGUACUUCAAUCAAUAACACUCUACAAAAAAACAUUGUAAACACUGUUGAAUCGCAUCCAAGUGAUUCACAUGAUUCACACGACGACUGCAUUGGUGUGUGUCUUAACAAUGUUUUUGUUGGAUAUAAACCGUUCAACAUUACAAAUUUCUCUUGUAUCUCUAACAACUGGGAAAGUUUAACGUGUAAUUGGACUAAACCGGAGAACCCGAUAAAAACUAACUAUAAAAUAUACUUUAGAUUGCCUGGUCGUUCAUUUAGCAGAAGUAUCUUUAAUUGUCCUACAGACUCGGAUAUCAAAAAUAAUACAUGUUAUUGGGAUUUAUCUACUACACCGCUAUACAGACAAUCAUACGAGUAUUACUAUUUCACAAUAGCCGGCCACAAUGCACUGGGAAAAUCGUCAACGUCAAUUCGUUUUCACCAUUACGCCAAUAUAAUUCCGGCGGCACCUAAAAUAAUUUCAAUGGUUGAUCAAACAGAAUCGAGUGUCGAGUUGUCGUGGUCUUUAGGAACAAUGUCUUUUUACUCACACGGAUUAAUUUAUAAGAUUCAAUACGAAUCUCAAUGGAAUUCCAAUCCCGAACACUUGAAUUCUAUAUUUGUAAGUCACAACUCUAAACCGCAAUCGACAACUAACCAAACCACUUCAGUCCAAGUCGACAACCUAACCUUCAACGUCACUGGUUUGGAAUAUCCGUUUACGGUUUACGUUUUUUGCAUAUACGUUCGGACGGCGCUUUCUGUUGGGGACGAUAAGUGGUCUGCUCCUUGUUGCAUCCAUGCCGAAACCAAGCCCACAAUUCCUAAAAGACCACCACGAACUGACAUUGGAAGCUUUGAAUAUGUCAUUUCGCCAUCAGACAAAUCCAAAAGGGACAUUGUGAUUUAUUGGCAAACUAUUGAAGACUACGAAAAAUGUGGUGAAUCGUUUGAAUAUAUUGCUUACUAUAUUCAUACCACAGCAGAUAAACAAAUCACCACUUACCGUAGCGAUAAAACAGAAAAGAAUUACGCCAAGUUUAAUAGUCUCAGUACCAGCAUCGGAUACGAAUUUAUAGUCAUCUCAUACAAUAAAGAAGGUUCAUCUAUGGAAUGUUCAAGGGUUUACGUACCUAGCGAAUCAGACACACUCCAUAAACCAGAAUCUUUCAAGAAAAAUGUAUUUGACAAACAAGGUAUUUUUGAACUAUCCUGGAAAAGCGCCGAUUCUCAGAAAUUGUCUACUGAAAAUAAACUAGAUUAUUAUACUUUAUUUUGGUGCGAAAAAGACCUGAUCAAUCCUCUGCAGUGUAAUGGUUAUAUGAACUGGGUGCAUGUACCAAUUUCAGUAUCUCGUUACAAUACUACCGUGUUCGAUAAGAUGGAAAAAUAUAUUUUUGCAAUAAGCGUUAACAGCGCAAAACCGAUGAGAAAUGGUUUCGAUAACCUUAAAGCUAGCAGUAGCGGAAUGGUCUGGGAAUCAUUCAAUGACAAUGUAAAGAACGUUUGGGUUAGUGUGAUUGGUUCGACGUUUGUGGGUUUGAGCUGGAAAGUCUACUGUGACGACAAGACUGGUUUAGUUGUUGGAUAUCACAUAUUUUACUGUCCCAUAAUAAUUGACAUAAGUAUUCCCCUUUGCAGAGAACCUAUGACAGCCAAGACAGUAAGUGAAGUCCAUCAAAACGAUUGCAAAGGUUCUAUAUUAGUUUCAGGUUUAAGGCCCCACACCUUAUACUUAAUAGCCAUUGCAAUUGUUACGAGCAGCGGUGAAACUAUAAAUUUUGAUACAAACAUCAAAACAUUAAGUGGACCAAUAUUAAAAUGACAAUCAAAAUGUAAUAAAGUGCACAUAAUAUUAUUUUUUUUCAACUACUGUUUUAACCUUCUGUUUGUCAGAAUCCUAUUAUUUUUAUUAUUAUUAUUAGUAUUAUAUGUAAGUACUUAAAACAAAUAUUAGGCUUCAUUUGGGGAAAUGUUACAAUUAGGGCCCGGAUGUUAAUGACUUUCGCAUCUUCUGUAACAUUAUAAUUAGUUUCAAUAACAUACAAAUCUAUACAACGAAAUUUUAUUUUGCAGUUUUUGCGUUUUAUUCAUUCUUAAAACAUGUGUGUGACUUUCAAGGUAAUUUUUUGAAGUUUUAGGGCAUUUUUUAUUUUUUUUGUCCUUAUUAUAUUAUUUUCCACAAAUUUGUUAUUUAAAGAUCUCUAAAUCACGUAGAUAUGUUUAUAAGUUGUAAUUUUUAAUAUAAAAUAAAUAAAUAACUGUAUUAACUUCAAUAGUUUGAUGAGCGCUUUUAAAGUAUUUAGAUCAUUAACAUAUUAUACAAAACUGUAGAGCAUUUUUAUAGGUUUUUAGGGCAUCAACAUCCGGGACCUAGUUAUGAUUAACUAUUUAAAUUUCAUACAUAUCAUUAUUUCAAUAUUGAUAACUUAAUGUAUAUUAUUAUAUUACAUUAUUCUAAUUAUAUUAAUAUUAUAACGUUCAUUAAACGUUGCAUUUUCAUAUUAUUAACUAUUUAUUUUUUACUAAGGCUUUUGUAUUGUCGUAUACGUCGUUCGUUCCUGACGUAUACUAAUAAAUAAACACAA